AUGGUCAAGGGUUCAGUCCAGUUGGCCAAGCUCUCAGCUGUGGAUCCAAAUACCUCUGACCGGCGAGACAUCAAGCAGCGCCUGUUCGGGAUAAAGGCCAAGGACUAUUAUUCGAUAAUGCUCGUUCGUUCGAAGUACCCAAGUUGUCUCAUACCCCCACCACUAGGCACAGUAGUGGACCAAGAUUCAGACAGCAUCCCAGAGCUCAUUCAGAAGAAGACAUCAACACGUAUAGUCAAAUGGGACAUCUCGCAAGACAACAACUAG